CAGAUUCAAAAUUUUCCUUUCCUCGAUUUUGUUGCAAGAAUGUCCGAGACUGUGCUAUCUGCUCCAGCUACAUCCACGGCCCUGGAAAAGGCGCCAGCUGGUAAGAAAGCGAAAAAGCCUGUGAAGGCCGCCGCUGCCAAGAAGCCCGCGGGUCCCUCAGUUUCGGAACUGAUCGUGCAGGCAGUUUCUUCUUCCAAGGAACGCAGUGGUGUGUCUUUGGCCGCGCUCAAGAAGGCCCUGGCGGCCGCCGGCUACGAUGUGGAGAAGAACAAUAGCCGCGUCAAGUUGGGCAUUAAGAGCCUGGUGAGCAAGGGCACUCUGGUGCAGACUAAAGGUACCGGUGCUUCUGGCUCUUUCAAACUCAGUAAGAAGGAGGCCUCUGCGGAAGCUAAGCCCAGCACCACGAAGGUAGUGGCAAAGCCGAAGGCAGCAGGUUCUAAAAAACCCAGAAAGGCCACGGGGGCUGUUGCCAAAAAAGUCAAGACUCCAAAAAAGGCUAAGAAGCCUGCGGCGACAAGAAAACCCUCUAAGAGUCCCAAGAAACCUAAAGUGAAAGCCAGGAAAGUAACAAAGAGCCCUGCUAAACCUAAGGCUGUGAAACCCAAGGCCGCCAAGACCAAGGUGACAAAGCCCAAGACUGCCAAACCUAAGAAGACUGCACCCAAGAAAAAGUAGUGUUCUGGUUGGAAGAUUCUUCAACUAAACCAACGGCUCUUCUAAGAGCCACCUACACACUUCAAAAAAGGGGCUUUACAUAGGUUUCCAGUUGGUGUUAGACUGGAGGCUUAGCUGCUAGGCAAGCACAGUGAGGUCUCAAGCCAAGCUCUACUUCCCAGUUCCACUCGUGCCUGUUUCUGUGUCAAUUCAUUCAGUCCUACCAAUUUAGACCAAAUUGGCAUUUCUAAGGUGGUUCCAGGUGUGCAGCAAAAUCGGGGAACUGUUAACCUAGUAGCUCUAGAGGUUGUAGUGCUGUUUGUACAUAAGAAUCACCUGACGUAAUUUAGAAAUACAAAAA